AUUUAUUGAACUUUUUUCAUACUUCUUUCUAAAGUUAAAAGACAUAAAGAAAAUGAAUUUCCUUUCCAUUCAGACUCUGCAAAAUGAAUUUCUACAGUCUUCAAUCUCUCUCCCCGUCCCUAAUUAUAGGGUUUUUGCUCGCCGGCGUAUUUGUAGAAGCUUUUAAGAAGUGGAAAAUAUCAUGUUUUCGUCAUGAGGAUAUCUCAUCUGACAACCUAAUUCCGGAGUCUGCUGAUGAUCUUCUACAUGAGCCUGAACAGGUGGAAAUCAUUAAACCAAUUGUCGGAAGGAGUAAUUGGAGAACAAAUCUUAGAAUGGUUUCAAAUGCACUGUUCAGAGCAAUCGGAAAGCCGUGGACUGUACCAUGGACUGCAGAGACCAUCCUGCAGCAAGUAAUCCCUCACGUUCAGAGGCCAGGCUCUGUUCAGUCUUCUAACAGACGUGACCGAAGGUCUCGCCGGAAUAUUAAUCCUCCACCGCUGCCUAUCCCAAUUCCGGCCUCUGCCAGUCGACUGGUUCAGGUUCAGGUUCAGGCUGAAAGGCCGGUUGACAUUUUAAUUGGGUGCUUCUUGUUCCCGUUUGUCAACCGCCUCUCGCAGUUCAACUUGGGUAUAUUGCCCAUUUUGCCCUCGACGCCUGUUGCCCUCUCUAGCGUCGAGCAGUCGAUUAUGGCACGUGAUCCUGGGUUUUCUUUUGCCUUCUUUGACCAAGUACUUGCCUUUGUGGUGCUCGAUCUUGAGGAUGGUGCCGUUGAUUUUUCUCGGGGUUGUGAUGGGUGUGAUUUACGCGCGGUCGAGGAACCUUUUACCGUCUAUGCUGCUGUACAGCCUGUGGAAUGGUUUCGUGUUCUUGGAUUUGAUGAAAUGAAACAAAAAAGGGAAAUGUGCAACAUGAGAUUCAUUCCUUGGAUGUUGGAACACAGAGGAGAUAAGAACCAAGAGAAAGUUUACAUAGGCUAUGAGAUUCACAUGUAA